CUGCCUUCCUUUCUUCUUCUUCCUUCUUCACCAUCCAUCCAUCUGUGUUGUCUGUCUGCUUUAAUUAGAUUCAGUCAGAGAAAUAGAUAGAUUGAUUGAUUUUGCUGCUGCUGCUGGUAGAGCAGGUUAAUCAAUCAAUCAAUCGAUAGAAUCAUUAAUUAAAUAAUUAUUGUGGUUGAGGUUAGGUUAAUGGCGACGGGGUCUCCGUGCGGGGCGUGCAAGUUCCUGAGGCGAAAGUGCGCGGCGGAGUGCAUAUUCGCGCCUUACUUCUGCUCGGAGCAAGGAGCGGCGAGGUUCGCUGCCAUCCACAAGGUGUUCGGAGCCAGCAACGUGUCGAAGCUGCUGCUGCACGUGCCUGUCCCCGAUCGCUGCGAGGCCGUCGUCACCAUUGCCUACGAAGCUCAGGCUCGCAUCAGAGAUCCCGUCUAUGGCUGCGUCGCUCACAUCUUCGCCCUCCAGCAACAGGUGGCGUAUUUGCAGGCACAGGUAAUGCAAGCGAAAUCGCAGCUAGCACAAAACCUGUUAGUAAUGGACCAUCAUCAUCCUCAAUCAUCGGCAAGGUCGAUAUCAUGCAGUACUAGUACUACUGCAACUACUACUACUACUGUAGAUGAUCUCACUGCUACUACAACAACUCCAUCUCCAUGGCCAGCUGGAACAGGAAGCAUCAACUACAUCCACCACCAGCAGCAGGCAUCGAUAAUCCCCCAAAUGUUCCAAUCCAGCAACAACUGCUCAUCGUCGUCUAAUUAUUCCAACAAUAUCUCCCCUCAGAGCUCCUUCGACUCCUCCAAUGCCAUCCAUGAAUCCGACUGCAAUGACGCGGCUACAAUACUGCCAUUCCACCAUCACCAAUAUCAUUAUCCGGCGGCGAUCGGCAAGAGGAGACAGAAUAACAGCGCCGCUGCCGACGACGAAAUGAGUGAGCUCCAAGAACUUGCCCUAAGAAUGAUGAAGAAUGAAUACUAAAAUCUAUCUAUCAAUAUAUCUAUCUUCUUCUCCAUCAUACCUACCUCAUUAAUCAAUCUCUCAUCUGCGCUGAUCAUCAAUAAUGUACUCCAUAAUAACAAUAAUCAUCUCAUCAUUUCCACACAUAUUUAUAUAUUAGAUACAGUACUGAU